AUGUUGGUGCCAUCCUUGUUCGUGGGCCUCGCCACUCUGGUCCUGCCCUCCGUGGCUCUCCCUCACGCUGUCACCAGCCACUCCAGUUACAAAUUCCCCGAUCACUGCAAACCCAACCCUUGCGAGGGUAUCACCUUUCAGAACAGCACUUAUGUCUGCGGUGAUCCACGCCUGGGUCCUGUGGCGGCGCCCAAGAUGUUCCCACUGAACAACGAACUUCAAAGCUACGAGCGCUUUGGUAAUCUGUGUCCGGCCACAUUCCUCCAAAAGUGGGCAGGCUCGACCAACGCCAACGCGACCUACAAGUACCCGCCCGCCAACGGCUUCGUAGCUACCACGUCCGGGACUCCCAUCAUCGGCAAUGUCACUCUACCAGUCGGUCAGAAACUCGACCGAUUCGGUUCCGAGUAUGGGAGUUUUCUGGCUCCGCUGGGUGCACCGUACAUCGAGCGAGCGCUGCCUCCGAGCAACCUGGACACCUACGACGGCUCGCAUCCCUUCAACUACUAUGUGUACGAAGUGACGAAGAGUUUCGACGUGGGAGCGGGUCCCAUCGCGCCUUGGUUUGAGCAGCCCGGUGGAGGCACCCAAUAUGUGACCUAUACCAAUGUCAAGGGAUUGUUGGAGGGUGGAUAUCUCCGUCGCUUGACGCCCGAAGAGUACGAUGAGCCGAGAGAAUUUUCGGACGACUACACGCCUGGGCCGGCGCAGUAG